AUGGAUGAAGAAAAUGGUUACAGUGGGAGUAGCAGCUCGAACUUGGAGACUUCGAAGGCUGAGAGAUCUGUGUGGUUGAUGAAAUGCCCUUUGGUGGUGGCCAAGUCAUGGCAGACUCAUCCUCCUUCCCAACCUCUCGCUAAGGUCGUGCUCUCCCUCGAUCCCCUCCACCCUGAGGAUGAUCCCUCUGCAGUGCAGUUUACAAUGGAGAUGGCUGGCUCUGAAGCUGUAAAUAUGCCAAAAACUUAUUCAUUGAAUAUGUUUAAAGACUUUGUUCCUAUGUGUGUCUUCUCUGAGACUAGCCAAGGUGGCAAGGUUGCAAUGGAAGGGAAAGUAGAACAUAAGUUUGAUAUGAAGCCCCACGGUGAAAACAUUGAAGAGUAUGGUAAAUUGUGCCGGGAGAGGACAAACAGAUCCAUGAUUAAAAAUCGACAAAUACAGGUUAUUGAUAAUGAUCGUGGAGUUCUAAUGAGGCCAAUGCCCGGAAUGAUUGGUCUAGUUUCAUCCAACUCCAAGGACAAGAAGAAGACACAGCCAGUUAAACAAUCUGAUACAAAGAGAACAAGAAGAGAUCGGGGAGAGCUGGAGGAUAUAAUGUUCAAGCUAUUUGAAAGGCAGCCUAAUUGGGCCCUCAAACAGCUUGUCCAAGAGACUGAUCAACCUGCUCAAUUCUUGAAAGAGAUUCUGAAUGAACUGUGUGUUUACAAUAAAAGAGGUGCCAAUCAAGGAACUUAUGAGCUGAAGCCUGAGUACAAGAAAUCUGUUGAAGAUACAAACGCUGAAUGA